AUGACUGCAGCCUCCGCUCUCUCGCUCUUCCCCAUCUCCCCCUCCCGCUCCAGAUCCAAGUUCUACACCAAGAAGGUUUGUCCUCGCCUCUCUCUCUCUCCAUCCAUCGAUCCGCUUCUCUCUCUUCUCCCUGAUGACGACUGGUGGCCCGUGUGUUGUAGAGCGCGAGCGGGAGGGAUGGAUUCAGAGUGCUGGCUGUGUUCGGGGAAGACAGGGGGAGAGGAGAUUCCGGGGGUAGGAGCGCCUGGGAGGCGAUCCUCCAUGUGGAGGACCCCGGGCCGAGGCUGCCCCUGCCCAGGGGGAAGUUCCUCGACGCGAACCAGGCGCUGGAGGUGGCCAGAUUCGACAUCCAGUACUGCGACUGGAGGGCGCGCCACGAUCUGCUUGCCAUAAUGCUUCUCCACGACAAGGUGAGGACGACUGCCCUAGUUUCUAGAGCUUCCGUUUUCUCCGUGCACCCCCUUGUCGCGGAUCCGCUUCAACCUUGAACCCUAGGUGCCGUGCCUCCCGUGUCUUCUCCCAAUGGACGGUGCGCGGCUAUAUUACGAUCCGCCGAUCAAAGAAUUGGGGCGAACAGAGGGAUUAUUCCUCAGUCCGGCAUUAUUUGGCAGACAGACUUAUCUGAUCACUCGACAUUUAGUUUCAACCGGAGGUUUCAAGCAUCAGCGCCUUCUUUCUGCCCUAAUUCGAAAGCGCUCUGGAAGUAGCCAUGACUCUGUUUUCUUUUCAACAUGAAAUCUCAAAAACCUUGGUGAUGGGAUUCAUCGAUUCCCAAUUCCUCCAUACUUGGUUAUAAGAUCCCCACCGAAUCUGGUGCAGGUAGUACAGGUCCUGAAUCCUUUAGCAAGAGAAUACAAGUCGAUCGGAACCAUGAAGAAGGAGCUGGCAGAGUUGCAGGGAGAACUGGCGCAAGCUCAUCAGCAGGUCUGGAGACCGUCUAACCCUAGCAUCUGAAUUCUUGCAGAUCCUUUAAUCGGCGAAAUCCGCGUAUCUGAUGUUUCUUCGUUGUCUGAAGGUUCACAUAUCUGAGGCGAGGAUAUCCUCUGCACUGGACAAGCUGGCGUACAUGGAGACCUUGGUCAACGACAAGCUAAUACCAGAGAGGAAUACCAGUGCUACGAGUUCUUCAGAGUGUUCAUCUCUCGCGCCAAGUGUGCCUUCUUCUUCUGGAAACUCCAUGGCGAAGAAGAAGCCUCCCAGAAGAACCUUGAAUGUGUCUGGUCCAGUCCAGCCAUAUCACCCCAACCUGAAGAACUUUUGGUACCCUGUUGCCUUUUCCAGUGCUCUAAAAGAUGAUACUAUGGUGAGUACGAACUCAUCACAUUAUGAGAGAGAGAGAGAGAGGCAUGUAAAUGUAUAUUCUUACGAUCUAUGUUUGAUUUUCAGGUACCUCUAGAUUGUUUUGAGGAGCCAUGGGUCAUAUUUCGUGGGAAGAAUGGGAGGCCAGGCUGCGUCCAGAACACCUGCGCUCACAGAGCAUGUCCUCUUCACCUUGGCACGGUGAAUGAAGGGAGAAUCCAAUGCCCGUACCAUGGUAAGACUGUUGCUCAACCUACAAGCCUCUGCAUGUUCUUGGUUCCCAAACAUACCCAUUUAUGACAUAAUCAAAAUGCAUAAUUUUUCAGGUUGGGAGUACUCCACAGAUGGAAAAUGCGAGAAGAUGCCAUCCACCAAGAUGCUCAGCGUGAGGAUCCGGUCAUUGCCAUGUUUUGAGCAUGAAGGGAUGAUCUGGAUCUGGCCAGGUGACGCGCCCCCAACAGCUACCCUUCCUUCUCUGCUCCCCCCUCCAGGAUUCAAGAUUCACGCCGAGGUAGGACUACUUGUGAAUGGAGACCAUGGAUCGAUAAACCCUUGACAUACCCCUUUUUCCUCUGUUGGAAAUCUCAUCUCCAAGAAGUUUUGUUGAACAGCUUGUGAUGGAGCUGCCCGUGGAGCAUGGCCUCCUCCUGGACAAUCUCCUAGACCUUGCUCAUGCUCCUUUCACACAUACUUCCACGUUCGCAAAGGGCUGGAGCGUACCAAGGUUGGCGCACAAUUUCUCAUGAUUAGGGAAAUAAUGACCCCAACAAUAUGAAAAAGCUCACCUUGCGGAUGGCCCAUGUCGAGCUAUGCUGCGAUUAUUGAUCUUCUAGGUUUAGUGGCAGUUGGGUUUUGUUUUCACACAUUCUCACAAUCUGCAGCUUGGUGAAGUUCCUCACGCCUGCGUCAGGCCUUCAGGGGUACUGGGAUCCGUACCCUAUUGACAUGGAGUUCAGACCGCCCUGCAUUGUCCUUUCUACGAUUGGGAUCUCGAAGCCUGGGAAGUUGGAGGGACAGAGCACCAGGGAGUGCUCGACGCAUCUGCAUCAACUUCAUGUGUGCUUGCCUUCAUCCACGGGGAAGACCAGGCUAUUAUACAGGAUGUCUCUCGAUUUCGCUCCUCUGCUGAAGCACAUCCCUUUCAUGCACAUUCUGUGGAGGUACUUCGCUGAGAAGGUGAGCAAAACAUGUCGACAACAUGGUUUUAUACGAGCAUCAGAAUCUAUACUCAGCGCACCAUAAUUUCUUGGAGACAUCCGCCUCAAGCAUUAUGCUUUUAAUAAAUCCGGGCUCUGCGUUUUUUUUUUUUUUUUUUUGUCGUGUAAAUUUUCGGUUUCUAUGAACAUAUAUCGAUCAUACACUCUUGUACAUGCAUCGAAAUCUCUGCUCAUUAUUGACCACAUGAAAUUUUUGUAAUGUUUUUCCCCCCAAUAUUAUGCUUUUGUUCCAUAUACGCUAUGAUUAUUUUCUUGGGUCGCAUGAAAUAUUUCAGUUUCAAAAAAAAUAAAUAAAUUGAUGACAUGCAUGAGAACAUAUAUUCAAUAAAGUCUACGGGGAACCUGGCUCAUAUGUUCAGCAUAACAUACCUUUUCAUAUAUUCUAUGAGGAACCCUGAGAUCAUUCUUCUGUUACACAGGUGCUAAAUGAGGACCUGCGGCUGGUGGUUGGCCAGCAGGAUCGGAUGAUCAAUGGAGCAAAUAUCUGGAACUGGCCCGUGUCGUAUGACAAGCUCGGAGUAAGAUACCGGCAAUGGAGAGAGGAACUGGAGAGGGGAGCCGAGCAAUUACCUUUCACCAGAUGA